AUGGUGCUUGCAGAGGUCGAUGCAGUUCCAGGUGCAGAAAUCGUGCCAUCGUCUUUAUCAUCCUCGGCUUCCCCGCAUGGCUUUUCCUUGGACUCUCCGAUGAUUGGAACAGUCGAUGGCCUGUCCGACUACAGCUUGGUAGAAACACAAGAUAUGACAAAGUCUAUUCUCACUACCACCACUAAUAUCAAUCCGGAUAUGGUCACGUUUGCUACGCCAUUAUCAGCGUUUUUGUCACUAGAACCGACACUUCUUUAUUGUCCGAGUCCGUGGCCAGAUGACUUGCAAGCUUCUCCGAAACGACAAUUCUUAUGGAACUAUUUCCUGCACUCGCUGCAGAUGAAUGCUUUAUGCUUGGAUUUGGAAGACAUGCCAGACUUCCAAGAUCCAUUUAUUGCCACAAUUCCACAAAUGGCCCUCAGAAAUGCCACGCUCCGCGAAGCCGCUCUGUGCUUUAGUGCCUUUCAGUAUACAGCCCUACACGGACACUGGGACUUGAAUCGAACAAUGGGGGCUGCUUGGCGGAAGGCGUAUGAAGGGCUUCGCGCUCAGCUGGCUAUACGUCAAGCAGCCGACGGCUGGAGUUUCCUCUCCAUGAUAUCCGCCUGCUGUCUGUUGUAUUGGUGCGCUGCCGACCAGGGCGAGGAUUGCCUUCGACUGGCCACGAAGCUGGCCAUGGAGUUCCUCCAACAGCAGCAAGUGGAGCCUACCAUUCCUCGCACUUAUCAAGAUGUCAUCCUCACUGGCUUUCGCUGGACCAUGAUUGCGACGUUGUGCUCGCUGAAGCCGCCCUCGCGUCUGCUCAACGACAAGAUGAUUGAUGCCGUGGAAAUGGGCCAUCAUGAAGUUGAUGCAAACCAUUCACCGGCUUUCGCAAACUGGAUCAGCCAUCCUCUCUACGCAUUCUCGCCACGACUGGUCAAUCCUUUGCUCAGAAUGGGUCAUCUUGCCGAUAUGCAGCUCUUACGCCACAAGGACAAGAUACAUGGCUCCAAUGAUAGCACUACGGACCAGUUCGAACACGAACUCCUGGCUGUUGAGGAGACGUUGCUCCGGGCACGGGAAGCAGAUCUAAUGGCUACUAUAGCCCCUGGGUGUUUUACCAACCCCUCGUCUGUGGCGUCAUUGAAUGAAGCCAUGCACGCUGCAAGUUUUAUACUCUUUUAUACACGUUUUCGCGGGCUUCCAUUCACCGCACCAGUCAUCCGGCGGCAGGUGCGCACCGUCGUGAGCGAGAUCAGCAAGAUUCACGAGGACUCACGGGUUUCGUACGCCAUUGUUUUCCCCUUGUUUAUUGCUGCUUGUGAGGCGGUUGACCAAGAGGAUCGGCGAAUCAUUGAGAAUAGGCUGCGUGUGCCGAGAGGCCUGUUUGUUGACCGAGGCAACACCACGGCCGCGCUCCGCCAUAUUUGGGAAAUCAGAGAUCUCCAGCCUAGCCUUUUAUGGCCUGACUGGGUCAGCAAAGGUAUGAACAUUCUCGUGUCCGCCCAUUGA